AUGACAAAGACGGGGGGGGGUACGGCAAACAGAGGAAAGAAUACCUCCUCCAUUCAAAGCUCCGUAGACCGCGUGAUCCAAGACUUUAUCCAGGGCCGACGCCGCUGGUCUGCUGCCCAGUCUCAAGACCAAGUCUACAACCUCAAUCAUCCCGGAAGCAAAAGAACCCGGCAUCUCUCUCGGGGUCCGGGGCCCUCGAGCCGUCCGCCUGUGAAGGUCAAGUCCGAUCGGGAGCGAGACAAGCCAGAUUGGCAUGGAAAUGGAAUCUGCUGUCUGGGCGCCAACGUCCCGACUCUCAACACGUCCUGCUCUAUCCUCCCUCCCCGCAUACCAAUAUGA